AUGUCAUCAAACAACUCCGUAGUCCUCAACCCCCACGUCUUCGACCCCAACUUCACCCCCGAAGACAUCUCCCACAUCCGCCUGCACCCCCUCCACAUCACCGCCGACUCCCCCUCCUUCCCCACCCCCACCUACGCCCGCACCGCCCACACCACCCACCUCACCCGCCCCAGCACCAUCACCCCCGCCGCCGCUGCCCCACACGACUACGAAAGCGACACCGAGACCCUCGUCCUCGACGCCGACAUCCUCGAGCGUCACCCCACCACGCACGUGAUCGGCGAAUGCGGGCGCCGCGGCUGCCGCAUCACCUAUGGCUGUAUCUUCUGCACGGGUGAGUAUGCGGGACGAGCCUGGGACCGGUCGCAGGAUCCGACGCCGCGCACGCACUUUCGGAAUGCGGUUGCGAUGGCGCUGGGGGAGGGGGCAGUGGUGGGGGGAGGGGACGGUGGUGGCGGGGAGGGGGGAGGAGAGAGGGGAGAGGGGUAUCCGACGCAUUUGCAGAGGAUGGAGGGGCCGUUGAAGAGGGGGAGGAAGCCUGGGAGUGGGAUGAGCGGUGGUGGUGGCGGUGGGGUGGGGCACGGGCCGAGGAUUAAGUAUUGUAAGAGGAGGGUGGAGGUUGAGCCGAAGAUGGAUGAUGCGGCGGCGGGGAGCGAGGGGACUAUUGUGGUCAGGAAGCCGCAUAAGUCGAAGGCGCAGUUGGCGGCGUUGGAGAGGAAGAGGAGGGCGCCGGUGAGGAAGAAGGGUUAG